CAGAACAUUGGCUAAAGGACAAAAUACAAGAAAUUUCAUUGUUCUUAAUUUGAUUUUACGCUAAACGGAAUGUACACAUAGAACUGCUGCUGCCAACAAAAAUGAAGUCCAGAGACGUGCAAGUCACGGUUUUAGAACUGUUAAACGGCAUCGACGCGAUCCAUGUGCACUGCACGCAACGGUUGAGCGUAACGCAGCCCAGACUGUUGGGCAGACAACUGGCGAACAGCCUGGACGUGCUCAAGGUCAGGAAGCAUCGUUUGUUCUACGCGAUGGCGCCGCCCGGCAAAAAGGUGUGCCCGCUCGACGACGCCUGUUCUUGCGAAGCGUUUUUCGAAUGGCCACACGGCGUAUUGAACGUGUACGCAGUUAUCGUCAACAGCGUGGUGACGGCCGAAUACGAAAAAACAGUGGAGUUAUACACCAAUGUUAUUCUUUGGGAAGACGUGGACCGAAUAAACCGUUUCAAACGAAUCAUAGCCAAACCAUUAAGUCACAGACCAAUGGAACCAGAAAUAGAUCCACCGGACGACCAAAAACCUGGAACAGCCGAAAGGCUUUACAGUAAAUCGCAAUCUUCAAAAUCCAGUUUUAAAGAGUCGGCCAUUCUUGGAAAAGGUGCUGUAAGUUUUCAAUCUACGACUAAUUGAGAAUAUUAUUUAUUUAUAAGCAACAAAUAUU